GCCAGGGGAGGAAGCUGCCUGCAGCCGAGGGUUGGCUGGGAAGAGCUGGGACCGGGGCGGGUCGGCAGCCGCUGCCUCUUCUCCCAGCCCAUCUAUUUUUAAUGAGCUCCCCAGGCUUCUGCAGCGGGCUGGACUCAGAAAGGCAGACCCAGGCGGUGGAGGCCCGAGGCCCCAGCCCUGUCCGGAGCCCUGGCACCUCCACCCUUCUGGGCAUGAGAGGGCGGCCCCGGGGCCCCGCAGCCCCCCAGCCGGGCUGGGCUCUCCAUGCAGCUGGUGCUGAAGAUGGAUUCCAGCCCAGACAAUGACAGCUGGUUGGAGGAUCAGUGGGAGAGCUGGCUCACCCAUGACAUCAGCCUGGAGGAGUUUGAGGAUGAAGACCUCUCUGAGAUCACCGAUGAGUGCGGCAUCAGCCUGCAGUGCAAAGACACCCUGUCCUUACGGCCCCCACGCGCCGGGCUGCUGUCUGGGGGCGGCGGCGGCGGCGGCGGCGGCUGCGGCGGCGGGGGGAGCCGGCUGCAGGCCGAGAUGCUGCAGAUGGACCUGAUCGACGCGGCGGGGGACACUCCUGGCGCUGAGGACGAAGAAGAGGAGGACGAGGAGGAGCGUGCGGCGCGGCGGCCGGUAGCGGGCCCGUCUGAGGCGGAGCCCCACCAGGAGACGGCGCCCCGCGGCCAGGGUCAGGGCCAGGGCCCGGGCAGCGGGGAUACGUACCGGCCCAAGCGGCCCACCACGCUCAACCUCUUCCCGCAGGUGCCGCGGUCUCAGGACACACUGAAUAAUAAUUCCCUGGGCAAGAAGCACAGUUGGCAGGAUCGGGUGUCGAGAUCAUCCUCACCACUGAAGACAGGGGAGCAGACGCCUCCACAUGAGCACAUCUGCCUGAGCGAUGAGCUGCCGCCCCCAAGCAGCCCCGCCCCCACCAAGGACCGAGGCACCUCCACCGACAGCCCUUGCCGCCGAAGCGCUGCCACCCAGAUGGCACCUCUCGGCGGCCCCCCUGCUGCUCCACCGGCUGGCCGGGGCCAUUCGCAUCGAGACCGCAUCCACUACCAGGCGGACGUGCGGCUGGAGGCCACCGAGGAGAUCUACCUGACACCAGUGCAGAGGCCCCCAGACCCUGCAGAGCCCAACUCCGCCUUCCUGCCGCCAGCUGAGAGCCGGAUGUCGGUCAGCUCUGACCCAGACCCUGCCGCUUACCCGGCAACUGCAGGGCGGCCACACCCCUCCAUCAGCGAGGAGGACGAGGGCUUCGACUGCUUGUCGUCCCCGGAGCGGGCCGAGCUGCCAGGUGGAGGAUGGCGGGGGAGCCUGGGCGAGCCGCCGCCGCCUCCACGGGCCUCGUUGAGCUCGGACACCAGCGCCCUGUCCUACGACUCGGUCAAGUAUACGCUGGUGGUGGAUGAGCACGCACAGCUGGAGCUGGUGAGCCUGCGGCCAUGCUUCGGCGACUACAGCGACGAGAGCGACUCGGCCACCGUCUACGACAACUGCGCCUCUGCCUCCUCCCCCUACGAGUCGGCCAUUGGGGAGGAGUACGAGGAGGCCCCCCGGCCUCGGCCCCCCGCCUGCCUCUCUGAGGACUCCACGCCCGAUGAACCCGACGUCCACUUCUCCAAGAAGUUCCUGAACGUCUUCAUGAGUGGCCGCUCUCGCUCCUCCAGUGCGGAGUCCUUCGGGCUCUUCUCCUGCGUCAUCAACGGGGAGGAGCAGGAACAGAGCCAUCGGGCCGUAUUCCGGUUUGUGCCUCGACAUGAAGACGAACUUGAGCUGGAAGUGGAUGACCCUCUGCUGGUGGAGUUGCAGGCUGAGGACUACUGGUAUGAGGCCUACAACAUGCGCACGGGUGCCCGGGGCAUCUUUCCUGCCUACUACGCCAUCGAGGUCACCAAGGAGCCUGAACAUAUGGCAGCCCUGACCAAAAACAGCGACUGGGUGGACCAGUUCCGGGUGAAGUUCCUGGGCUCAGUCCAGGUUCCCUAUCACAAGGGCAAUGAUGUCCUUUGUGCCGCUAUGCAAAAGGUACCUGCUCCACUGGGAAGGGUGCCCACCCCCGGCCCGGUCCCCAUCCUCUCCUGGGGAGAGGGCCACCCAGCACCUCAUGUUCCCAUCCCUCACCCACAGAUUGCCACCACCCGCCGGCUCACCGUGCACUUUAACCCGCCCUCCAGCUGCGUCCUAGAGAUCAGCGUGCGGGGCGUGAAGAUAGGCGUCAAGGCUGACGACUCCCAGGAGGCCAAGGGGAAUAAAUGUAGCCACUUUUUCCAGUUAAAAAACAUCUCUUUCUGCGGGUACCAUCCAAAGAACAACAAGUAUUUUGGGUUCAUCACCAAGCACCCUGCCGACCACCGGUUCGCCUGCCAUGUCUUUGUGUCUGAAGAAUCCACCAAAGCCCUGGCAGAAUCCGUGGGGAGAGCGUUCCAGCAGUUCUACAAGCAGUUCGUGGAGUACACCUGCCCCACAGAAGAUAUCUACCUGGAGUAGCAGCGCUGCCUCGCCCUCUGCAUCCCCUGGGCCCUGGGGCCAGCGCCAGGACGGCUGGCUGCUGACAGGACAUGGCACUGCUUGAGGAGGGGCACCUGCCACUACCAGAGGAUGGGGAAGCGGGGGGGCUGUUGG